AUGUAUGCCCAUGCUAUCAUCAUAGCCAUCCUUCCUGCGAUUGCUCUAGCUAAGGAAUUCGUAGUUGGAGAUGGCAUUGGGUGGACCUUCAACUUCGAUUAUCAAGCCUGGGCUGCCGGCAAGGAAUUUCGUGUUGGAGAUAAGCUGGUUUUCAAAUAUCCUGUGGGAGCUCACAAUGUUUUCAAGGUGAAUGGAACCGCUUUCCAGGACUGCACUGUGCCACCGGUGAACGAAGCUCUCGUUACUGGAAAUGAUGUAAUUACCCUUGCAACCCCCGGUAGGAAGUGGUACAUUUGUGGAGUAGCCAAGCACUGUGCCAACGGAGGUCAGAAGCUUGCGAUCACCGUCCAAUCGAAUUUACUAGCUCCAUCUUGGCCGCCUAUUGGAGCCGAAGCACCCAGCUCGGCAAAUAAGAUCGUGGCAUCUAGAUAUCAAGUCCUGAUGGUAGGUACCGUUGCCAUUGCUGCGAUGUUGAUCACGAUACCAUGGUAUAAGGGCUUCCUGAAGUACUGGUCUCCAACGACAAAUUCUUUCCAUUUGCCUGUAGGUGAAGUAAGCAUAAUUUUAUGGGAUUUUCAUCACAUGUCUGGAUUUCCUGUCACGGGGCAUUUCUUCGAUGACUUUGUCCCCACCAAUGAAGAAUUUGCUAUCUUAAAAGAUGGCCUUUGCUUCGGGCAGCUAUUCACAGGAUCUAGAGAACCUCAAGCACAAAAGGAGUUCUGCAGAUUAUAA